GGCAAUUGUUGCUGCCAAGUGCGGGUUUUAUGUUUUUUCGUACACUUCAGUUCACUGUCAGCAUAUUUGCCCCUUUUUCAGCUCUCUCUCUCUCUCUUUCUCGCUUGCUCGCUCGCUCGCUCUCAAUCGAAGUCGUCCUUCACAAUUCGUCGUCUGAAUCAGGCAAGAUGGAGAACUCGGCUGCGGAUCAUCUUCCUGAAGCGCAUUCUUUGCCCGACGGGUUUGUGGAGAGCUCUGGGGAACCAUUGCCUCCUUCAACACCUAUACCUUCGCAAGAAAAGUCCUCCACUGACUACAAGGAGGAGAAACUAGUAGCACCCAAUCCGGGAACGGAUUUGGUUGUUGGCGAGCCUCAGUCAAUUGGGGGAGAACUUGAAAAAAAUGAGAAUUCAGGAUCUUUUCCGGCUGUGUUAUCUGGAAAUGAUGGAUUCACUGCUGCGGGGGAACCAGCAAAAGUGGCUGGCUGUUCUGUGGUGGGUGAAUGCACAUCAGUUAUGAAUCAAUCGCUGCAUUCUGAUUCUGUUGAUGUGGUGAGGAAGUCUGGCGAGCUAGUAACUGGCUCGUCUUGUGGAAAACCACAAGAUCAGGAGAAGCCCCCAACUUCAGGAAAUGCAAUUACAAGAGGCUUGGAGAUGCAGGAAGACAACGUAAAGGAGAUAACUUCAACUGAGAGUGCUGGAAACAACAGAAAAGAAAACUCUGAAGCAAAACGCAAGAACACAAAGCGCAUGUUGAAAUCUGAAAAGGAGUUUCUAGAGUUCACCUUGAAGUAUCAACAAGUUAUUGCAGAGAGAGAUGCAGCCAUCACUGUUCGAGAUAAACUUGAGUCACUGUGUCGGGAGUUGCAACGACAGAACAAAAUGCUAAUGGAUGAGUGCAAACGAGUAUCAACAGAGGGGCAGAAUUUGAGAUUAGAUCUAUCAAACAAGUUCCAAGAUGCAAUUAAGGAAGUAAGCUACAAGCUGGAAGAGCAAAAAGACGAAUGCAUGUCUCAGCUAAAAGAGAAUGAGAUGUUAAGAAACCAGUUGAAGGAGGUUCUUGAAAAGUAUGCUGAUUCUGAAGAGCAAAAUGCAAAGAAGUUGGCACAGAAAUCUGAGCAACUCCAUAUUGCCGAGUUUAAGAUUCGGCAAUAUGAGGAGACAUUGCGCCAGGAACAGUCUGUGAUGAUGCAGCAUGAACAACAGGUGUCACGAUUGCAGGAAACUGAAAAGAAUUUGCGCUUACAGUUAGCAGCUGAUGCAGAAAAGUUCCAACACUUCCAGGAUGCUCUUGUAAAAAGCAAUGAGGUAUUUCAAACAUUCAGGCAAGAGAUUGACAAGAUGGGAAAAUCAAUGAAGGAACUGAAAAAGGAGAACAGCUUUUUGAAGAGCAAAUGUGAAAAAUCAGAUGUGACUCUCAUAGAACUUGUUGAGGAGCGUGAGCGCUUGAAGAAACAGCUGGAGAAAUCGAAGAACCAAAAGGAAAGGCUCGAGUCACUCUGCAGGUCACUGCAGGCAGAAAGGAAGCAAAAUUUGUCAGGGGGAAGCAACUCCAGCUCAGCAGCAGCUUGAAUAUAGAAGAGAAUUCACCCAAGCCGGAGAACCAUGCUAUAAGUUUUGCAAGUUUCGCUGUCAGGGGUAGUGUUAUUUUGGGCAUACUUUUUAGUGUUUCUGUGGCUUAUCUGAACUUGCCAACAGAUUUCAUCAUCAAACAAACUUGUUAAAGAGUGGAAUAUAGAGAGAGAGAGAGAGAGAGAGAGAGAGAGAUGAAAAUAUGCAAAUGGCAGCUGUGUUUGGUUUUUAUAAGUGAUUCAUAUCAUAUGAUCUGCCACUUAGUGUGA